UAUACAUAUUUAGAUAAGUACAUAUAUAUACUCAAGUACACUAUGAAGAUUGAAGGAAAGACAUUCUUGGUUACUGGUGGUGCAAGUGGAUUGGGUGAAGCAACUGUUCGCGAGCUUGUUAGAAGGAAGGCAAACGUUGUUAUCCUAGACAUGAACCAAGAGUUGGGUGAUGCCCUUGUCAAACAACUCGGUUCAGACAAGACAAUCUAUGCCAACGCUGAUGUAUCAUCUGAGGAGUCUGUUAACAAUGCUAUUAAACUGGCAUUGAACAAGUUCAACAAGAUACAUGGUGCAAUCAACUGUGCUGGUAUUGCACUUAGUGUAAAGACUGUUAGCAGUCAGGGUGUUCAUCCACUUGAUGUAUUUAACAAAGUGUUGCAUGUAAACCUGUCUGGUACAUUCAAUGUUAUGCGUCUCUGCGCAAAUGUAAUCAACAAACAGGACAAGGUAGAGGGUGAGGAGAAGGGUGUCUUUGUGAACGUCUCCUCCGUGGCCGCAUACGAUGGUCAACAAGGACAAGCAGCAUACAGUGCAUCCAAGGCCGGUGUUGCUGGUAUGACCCUCCCACUCGCCAGAGAAUUCGCACAACUUGGCAUUCGUAUAAUGGCUGUCGCACCAGGAGUAUUCGACACACCAAUGUUUGCCAUGCUUCCAGAGCCUGCUGUCAAGAAGAUUGUGGCCACUGUACCAUAUCCAAACAGACUUGGUCACGUCAAUGAGUUUGCCAACUUGGUCGCUCACAUCAUCGAGAAUCAGUACCUCAAUGGUGAGGUCAUCAGACUAGAUGGUGCUCUUAGACUUCCAAAAUUGUAA